AUUUGACUCAUUUCUUACCAUCUCUCUUUCUUCUCUCUUUCCGGUGCUUUCCGUGCUGCACUCUGUCUCCUGUCUUUGUUCUCGUUGUGUGUGGAGCUUUCUCGUCGACCCGUCUUGUCCCCAUCCAGCCAUGAUCGCGACCCGGCUCUUGCUGCUUUUUGUGGUUGCGACUUUUCCAUGUCUCGUUGCGGCAUCUUGCGGUGAAGGCAUCGACUUUUGCACAAAAUGUGCAAGCUCAACAGAGUGCUCUGCCUGUAGCACCACAAGCGGGUUUCUGCCGAUGAAGCCACCUGGAGCUGGAACAUUUUUGGAAGGGUGCUUCGACUCGGACGAAUUUGCCGGCGAUGGUUUCUAUGUUGGCCAAGCAAAACUUCAAUCUUGCCCGGCAAACUGCAAAGAAUGCUCCUCUAGUCGCUGCACAAAGUGUUAUCCAAAUUUCAGGCUCGGGUCCAACGGAUGUACCCCAAUGAUGCGAACAGACAUGCCAGACGGAUGUCGCAAAAUGAAUCAAGGUCGGUGCACGGAUUGCACACCCAAAUUCACCCUGGUCACCACAUGGGCGGGUCAGACACAGUGCUUGCCUUCCGCUGGUACGAACGGGUUUGGACCGGAUGCCGACGGUGGUCUGGUGCCUUGCCGCUCCGGCUCGUGCACGGCAUGCAGCAAGGAUUAUGCCACGUGCACUCAAUGCACAAACAAGCUGGUGGCCGAGUCUGGUGUUUGCAAGAGCGCGUGCUCUUUCGGCUCGUAUGCCGGUGAUGGAGUCUGCUUUUCCUGUCCUCAAAACUGCGCAGCCUGCACCAGCGGUUCGCAGUGCACUGUGUGCACCGUCGGGAUGGAUCUGUUUACAAACAUUGACGGGGCGACUUUAUGUGUGCCAGCGACUGCUUCUGCGACAUCUGUCGCUUCCGUGUCCUCGGUUUCCGCAGUGUCCGCGUCUUCUGCUUCUGCAGCAUCAGCCUCUGCAGUUGCAGCUUCCUCAUCCGCCGCUGCUUUUGCCGCGUCCGUUUCCUCUGUCAUGUCUGCGCUAGAUGCUUCCGUUCGUCUUGCUUCCAUCGCGUCCGUUGCAUCUGAAUCGUCCUCGUCUGCUGCUGCUGCUGUCUCUGCCGAAUCAGUUGCAUCGGUGUCGUCUGCCGCUGCGGCCUCUGUUUCAUCUGCUUCCGCUGCCUCUGUUUCAUCUGAUUCCGCUGCCUCCGUUUCAUCUGCAUCUGCGGCAUUGGCAGUCGCUGAAUCGUCGGCUUCCGCUGCCUCGGUCGCAUCGGCCGCUUUGGCGUCCUCCACAAGGCUGUCGGAAUCGGCGACUCCCACCAGUCUCGCGCCUUCUAGCAAGCGCGCUGGCAACGAUAGCAACGCGCAAUCAAACGCUGCAUCCGGGAGCCCCAUUGCCGCCGUUGCUGGCGGUCUGGGAGGCGCGUGUUUCCUGCUUCUAGUUCUGGUAGCCGUAGUGCUCCUGCGUCGCCGUCGAACCCGUCCGCCCAUGCGCAAGCAUCACCCGGGAGUCGUCACUCUUGUUGCCCUCAAUCGCUCUCACGGCUCGAGGACAUCAGCCAACGCGAUAUCCAUGCAAGCUGGAUUGAGCACUUACGACAAUUAUGUUGUUCCUGGCGAAGGCGACUUGUACCAAUCUGUCGGUGAUGGGCAUAUGCAGCGACCACUCCCUGACAAGGGAGAGGACAACUACGUUCAACCAAGUGACACAUACGCAGCGCAUUACCAAUCGCUGGAUACGUACUACGAUCCGCAGCCAGCGCCCAAGCGUGCCUACGCUGCGUACGACACUGUGCCUGGAGUCGAAAGCGAGGCCAUCUAUGCAGAGUACACCGCCGCAAAGAAACCAGACCAGGAUCAGGCAAUCUACAACGAGCCCAUGCGGCAACCGGCGGAACCGACGAGCAUGAACCUGGCUGUGAACGCGCUUUCUGUCGAUCAAAAGGACACGUAUGCUCUCCCAGAUAAUAGCGAGAUGGCUGGUGGUGAGGAUGUGUAUCACAUGCCGGACGACGCCCAGCCCAGCACAUUUUCUCCUGUCUGAGCACGACGCGAGCAAAGCAUAACUGGCUGGAGCAUUAUUUUGGACUUGCUCGAUGGUGAACCUGUGCGAGCUUCAUGUAGAUGUACAUUGGUAAUGAUUGCGUUCUAAGUUGAGAAUGACAUGCUUGAAUACAACACUUUGUGUGGACAA